ACCUUUGUUUAAUUCGAGUUGAAAUGGCUUCUUUCUUUAGCUUGAAGGCCUUGGCAUGCCUGGCUCUUGCACUCACUCUAACUGUGCAAGGCACCCUAGGAGAAGGAACCAUAAAGUGUGAGAAACUGGAGAAGGACAAGUGUGCCUUCGCGGUAUCAUCAGCAGGGAAAAGGUGUGUUCUUGAGAAGAGCGUGAGGAGGAGUGGAGAGGAGGUUUACAGUUGCCGGACGUCGGAGAUAGAGGCGGAGAAUGUGAAGGAUUUGAUCGAAACAGACCAGUGCAUCGAGGCUUGUGGUCUGGACCGUAACUCUCUGGGGAUAUCCUCUGAUUCCCUCCUUGAGUCUCGCUUCACCCACAAACUCUGCUCUUCUUGUUGCUACCACAACUGCCCCAACAUUGUUGACCUCUUCUUUAAUCUAGCCGCUGGUGAAGGUAUAUUUCUUCCCAAAUUAUGUGAAGCACAAGGAGCAAACGCACGAAGAGCAUUGUCUGAGAUGAAAAGCUCUGGUUUCGUCGCACCAGCUCCAAAAUCCGACAGUUUCCCCAUGAAAUCCGUUGUUGCACCAGCAAUGUCUCCCAUGUAAACU